AUGUUUCCACGAUCAAUUCUCACAGUAGCAUCACUGCUCUGCCAAUGGGCAGCUGCCCAGACCUACUCUUCCUGCAAUCCUCUGUACUCCACCGGCUGCCCUGCAGAUACUGCUCUAGGAAAAGCAAUCAAUGUCGACUUUACGAAAGGCGCUGUCAAUUCCUUCACUUCUUCAGGUUCAGUUACCUACGAUUCGAGCGGAGCCCACUUUACAGUUGCAAAAUCCGGCGAUGCCCCGACCCUCAGCAGCGUAUUCUACAUUAUGUUUGGGAAGGUCUCGAUCACAAUGAAGGCGGCUCCGGGUGCUGGAAUUGUUAGCACACUCGUACUACAAUCGGACGACCUCGACGAGAUUGACAUGGAAUGGCUUGGAGCGGAUGGUACAGAGGUUCAGACCAAUUACUUUGGCAAAGGCGACGUUACAACAUACAACCGUGGAGCUUUCAACCCCGCCGCGAACAACCAGAAUGAGUUCAUUACAUAUACCGUGGAAUGGACGGCGACACAAGUUACCUGGUCAGUUGGAGGUAAUAUUGUGCGAGUCCUUACGCCUGCAACGGCCGAUACAAAUCAGUACCCGCAAACGCCCAUGCAGAUUAAAUUUGGUGCUUGGUCAGGAGGAGAUCCGUCAAAUGCAGCAGGAACGAUAGCUUGGGCUCGAGGACCUACCAACUACGCCGACGGUCCAUUCACCAUGACCGUUCAAUCUAUCGCGGUUACAGAUUACUCGACUGGCACACAAUACAAGUAUGGAGAUACCUCCGGAACUUGGGGGUCAAUUCAAGCUGUUGGCGGCAAAAUCAAUGGAAACUCGGGGGGAGCAGCAAGUUCAGUUGCGACCGCAGAUGUACCAGCGGUAACUUCUGCCUCGCCUUCCAUUCCUGCAGGUCUCGGAAGCACGCAUGGUAGUACUUCAACCCUCACUGGUUGGCCAUGGGUUGCAACCACUUUAUCAACGGUAACUGGCACCUCUACCUCUGUUGCGGGCGUUCCAAGCGGAUGGAUUAUCACUUCAUCUGGAAAAAUCGUGCCUGCAAGUUCUGCAGCCGUACGUAAGCUUGGACUCCCUUCCGUUCUUCCACUCUUCAAGAUCUCACUGACAUAUCCUAGACAUUACCAGUACCAACCUCCUCUUACUCAGCGGGCCAAUCGCCCUCGCCCUCCUCGCCGCUUUCUGGCGUUGGCCUUGAAACUAUCACGGGUUGGGACGACAGAGGCUUUCCAACUACCAGAACAAUCAUCUCGGGGGCAAACACGGCGCCGAAGAGCUAUGAUCAACAGGGAUUCUUGA